AUGGCUGAAGGCCCUACGAAUGGGGCAGCUUCGUCCGCGUCUACCACGAUCAGAUAUGGCGGGCACGAUAGAUUCGUCCUCGAGCUCGAGUUCGUGCAGAUGCUUGCCAAUCCAAAGUAUCUGAAUUACCUGGCCACGCAGAAGUACUUUGACAAUGAGGAAUUCGUGGCCUACAUUCACUACCUGCAAUACUUUCGCCAACCAAAAUACAUCCGAUACUUGCAAUUUCCCGGGCCCACCCUCAGAGCACUCGACCUCUUGCAGGAAGAGCAAUUCCGGAAAGACAUCAUAAACCCCAAAGUCACGGACAAGCUGGCGGAACAAGGGCUCGCGGCAGCCUUCACAACCUGA